AUGACAAAAAAGCAAAAAACAUCAAAACAAAACGAACAGGAUCAUCGUCCAUUUCGUUAUCAAUCUCUUCAUGAACGUUUGAAUAAUAUAAAUAUAAAUGUUGUCCAUCGCAUUCGUUAUCAUGACACAAAUGAUCUUCAAGAUACUGAUAAUUUAAUUCGUACAAGUUAUUUUCAUCAAUCACUUGCACAUUGGUCAACAUUAAAUUUUAGUGAAGCUUAUUCAAAAAUUUAUCAAAAACUUCUACCAUUAGCAAAUUCACUUGAACAAGUUGUUUAUAAUCGUGAACAAAUUAUAUUAUUAAUUCGACAAUCAUUAAAUGAAUAUAAUCCAUUAAUAAUUGAAACAUUAUUAGAUUUAAUUGUUCAAUUAGCACGUGAUUUACAAAGUGAUUUUUAUAUCUAUUAUAAACAAUAUUUAUUCAUAGAUAUAAUUAAUCUAUUAAUAAAUUCUAAAAAACAACAACAAAAUGAAAUAAAUACACAAUUACUUGAACAAGUUUUUCAAUGUUUAACAUAUUUAUUUAAAUAUUUAUGGCGUAUUAUGUUAAAAGAUUUAGCUAAUUUAUAUGAAUUAUAUACAAAAUAUUUAUUUUCAUCUAAAAUAAUAAAUACAUUAACAACAAAUUAUGAAUAUAUACGUUCAUUUGCAGCUGAAUCAUUUGCAUAUUUAUUACGUAAGAUAGAAAAUUAUCAAUCAUUUAUUGAUUAUUUAUUUAAUACAACAGAACGUGAUGAAAAUGAAUUAGAUUCUCUUGCAUUAGUAUUUAGUGAAACAUGUAAAAAUGUUCAAUCAACAUUUCAUUCAUGUACUAAAUCAUUAUUAUUAUGUCUUUUAAAAAAAAUUAUUGAAAAACCUAAAGUAAUUCAUUUAUGUAUUAAAAAAAUUUAUUUAUUAUUAAUUCAACAUACAAAUAAACAAUAUGUUGAAAUACUUUGGAAUUGUUUAAUGAAUAUCUAUCGUACAAUAAAUCCGAAUAAUAUAAAUGAUUAG